UAUUUUAUGAAAUUUUUUAAUCGACUUGUCUUUCGGUUGAGCUUUAAGAAUGAUAAAAAACGGACAUCAUGCCGAUAAAGAGUCAGAAGGAGGCGAGUCGUCUAAACGAGCUUCGGAGAAAAGGAAGCGGGUAGUGCGGGUAUGGUGUGACGGCUGCUAUGACAUGGUUCACUAUGGUCACUCUAACCAGCUGCGCCAGGCUAAAGCGAUGGGUGAUUACCUGGUAGCUGGAGUGCACACAGAUGAGGAGAUCGCGAAGCACAAAGCACCUCCGGUGUUCACUCAGGAGGAGCGCUACAAGAUGGUGCGAGCUAUAAAGUGGGUGGAUGAGGUAGUGGAGGGAGCGCCUUACAUUACUACACUGGAGACGCUUGAUAAAUACAACUGUGAUUUCUGCGUGCAUGGAGAUGAUAUUACGUUAACGGUGGACGGGAAAGACACAUAUGAAGAAGUGAAGCGUGCAGAUCGGUACAGGGAAUGCAAACGCACUCAGGGUGUGUCCACCACAGACCUUGUGGGUCGCAUGCUGCUCAUGACUAAAACUCAUCAUGCCAAUAUGGAUAACUCUGAGUACCAGCAGCAUGCAGAUAACUUUGGAAAGGGUCCGAAAGGCCACAGUCCAUGGACCGGUGUGUCUCAGUUCCUCCAGACAUCUCAGAAGAUCAUCCAGUUCGCGUCGGGUAAAGAGCCGCAGCCGGGUGACACCAUCAUUUACGUAGCAGGAGCGUUCGACCUCUUCCACAUUGGGCAUCUGGAUUUCCUGGAGACGGUGUUUAAACAGGCUGAGAAAGCUUACAUCAUUGUUGGACUGCACUUUGAUCAGGAAGUGAACCGAUACAAAGGGAAGAAUUACCCCAUCAUGAACAUCCACGAGAGAACUCUGAGUGUGCUGGCUUGUCGGUACGUAUCAGAAGUUGUGAUCGGAGCCCCUUAUGCUGUAGACAAAGAUCUUUUGGAUCAUUUUAAGGUCGCCCUGGUAUGUCAUGGAAAAUCUGAGGUUUUCCCGGAUAAGGACGGCUCCGACCCCUACGCUGAACCCAAAAAGAGAGGGAUAUUUCGCAGCCUGGACAGUGGGAACGGCCUGACCACUGACGACAUUGUGCAGAGAAUCAUUGCCAACAGGUUGCAGUUUGAGGAGCGGAAUCAGAAAAAGGAGGCGAAGGAGCUGGCCGUGUACGAAGCACUCAAGCGCAAAGAGGAAGAAGCCAAGAGUCAAACUGCCACUCAAUAACCACCAAAAAAACCCCCAAAAUAACAGACAAAGCAAGACGUACACUCCUGUAUUUUAACUCUUUCUUUUUCUUUCACCUCUUUGUUCUGUAUGUUCCCUAAAUACUGAAAUUUCCUUCCGCCAGUGCCAGUCAGUGAUUUUUUUUUUUAAGUCAGGAAUUCCUGGCACAGCAGUCACGGAGAAUACUAUUAGUUUGUACAUGCUAAUAUGCUGAGUUCCGUUAAAAAGAACAGGUGAACACACAGCCUCUAUUAGCCUUGACAUGCUAACACAGCUCUGUUGGCAAAGAUAGCCUGUUUCUCCUAGCCUGAAGUUAACUAGAGUAGCCAGGAAUGCUAAUGCCAUGUACCAAUAUUUUUAAAAAGCCGGAAAAUGAAUUAUUAGGCUGAUUUGCUGGUCAGUGAAGUACAAUACAAAGCACUCUUUUUAAUACCUGUUAGCAAGAAUGUGCCGGUCCAGAGCUCUUACUAACACUGAACUCUUUAGCAAAGCUCCAUUAGUGAGAAUGUGCAAGAAUAACGGUGCUAACUUUGUUAAAAGGAAUUUACCAUAAUGUUCCAAUAUUUCUGACUGGACUGAGGACAGCGCUACAGCAACUUAGCUAACACAGAUUACUUUGUUAGCCCAAAAUGACCAGCACAAAGCUAAUCAGAAAAGGUUUAUAGGGAUUUCCUUUCUUUACUGUCUUUACUUACCAAUUAUUAGCUAUUAAAUGGUAACACAAAGGUC